UUGAGCGACAACCGAAACAUUGUCCGAAGGAAGCUGACGGGAUACGUUGGUUUCGCCAACCUUCCCAACCAAUGGCACCGCAAGAGCGUCCGCAAGGGCUUCAACUUCAAUGUCAUGGUUGUUGGUGAAUCGGGACUCGGAAAGUCGACCCUCGUCAACACUCUCUUUAACACUUCGCUUUACCCUCCCAAGGAGCGCAAGGGACCUAGCCUCGACAUUGUUCCCAAGACUGUCACCAUUCAGUCUAUCAGCGCCGAUAUUGAAGAGGCUGGUGUUCGCCUCCGUUUGACCGUCGUUGACACUCCUGGCUUCGGCGACUUUGUCAACAACGACGAGUCUUGGCGUCCUAUUGUGGACAACAUCGAACAGCGCUUCGAUGCUUACUUGGAUGCCGAAAACAAGGUGAACCGCAUGAACAUUGUGGACAACAGGAUCCAUGCCUGUGUUUUCUUCAUCCAGCCCACCGGUCACUCGCUCAAGCCUCUUGAUAUCGAGGUCAUGAAGCGUCUCCACACCAAGGUCAACUUGAUUCCCGUCAUCGCCAAGUCGGAUACUCUCACCGAUGACGAGAUUGCUGCUUUCAAGGCUAGAAUUCUUGCGGAUAUUAAGUACCACAAGGUGCAAAUCUUUGAGGGCCCUCGCUACGAACUCGACGACGAGGAGACCAUCGCGGAGAACAACGAGAUCAUGUCCAAGGUCCCCUUCGCUGUUGUCGGUGCGACCAACGAGAUCACAAACGCCGAUGGCCGUAAGGUUCGCGGUCGCCGUUACCCUUGGGGUGUGAUCGAGGUGGACAAUGAGGAGCACUGCGACUUUGUGAAGCUCCGCCAAAUGCUCAUCCGUACUCACAUGGAGGAGCUCAAGGAGCACACCAACAACGUCCUUUACGAGAACUACCGCACGGACAAGUUGAUCGCUAUGGGCGUCUCUCAAGAUCCAAGCGUCUUCAAGGAGGUGAACCCAGCCGUCAAGCAGGAGGAAGAGCGCGCCCUCCACGAACAGAAGCUUGCGAAGAUGGAAGCCGAAAUGAAGAUGGUCUUCCAGCAAAAGGUUGCUGAAAAGGAAUCCAAGCUGAAGCAGAGCGAAGAGGAGCUGUAUGCUCGUCAUAGGGAGAUGAAGGAGCAGCUGGAGCGCCAACGACUGGAGCUCGAGGAGAAGAAGUCCCGAAUCGAAAGUGGGCGGCCAAUUGAGAAGGAGCCGACAAAGAGGAAGGGAUUUUCUCUCCGAUAA